CCUCUUUCUGUUCUGAUGAUGAGUGUUAAAAAUAACACACAGGUGCUUAUCAACUGCAGGAACAACAAAAAACUUCUGGGCCGUGUGAGAGCAUUCGAUCGGCACUGCAACAUGGUUCUGGAAAAUGUUAGAGAGAUGUGGACAGAGGUACCGAAGACUGGGAAAGGCAAGAAGAAAGCCCACCCAGUUAAUAAAGAUCGGUUCAUUAGCAAGAUGUUCCUCCGAGGAGAUUCUGUGAUUAUUGUCCUUAGAAACCCCAAGUGAGGUAUACGCGGCAGAGGUGUAAGAACAGAAUUUUGGAGCAGAACAGGGCUUUUAAAGCAAGCUUAGGAGUUGGUUACCUUUGGAGUCUCAAUUUCCGGCCUUAUGUAUUAGGGAUUGUACGUAGUACGUAAAUCAUGGUUGUUGUAGGACUAAAACUUUCUUUUUGUUUGUCAUUUCUACUGUUAUGUUUUUAUCAUGCAACUAACUAAUGGUUUUUCUUUUAAUUCCAACUUAUUGACUUUGUUGUUCUUGAUGUGCUUGGCCUACAAGCAUGAUUUCAAAUAUUCCCACUAGUGGGAUAAUUACAAGCAGUGAAAUUUGUCAAGCUGAGUAGUGUAUUGUUGCAUCUGAUAAAAGGGGAGAAUAUAUUUUA